AUAGAUCAUAGAGAGUCUAGAUCUAGAAUCUAAGUUCAAUAUUUCUAAGUCUAGAAGACCGUCACUCCACUGUAAAUUUAUCAAUUUAUGACUCAAAUGACUGAGAUCUAGUGAUGAUGGUGUGACUGACGCAAGGGACAGGGUAUCUCGAUCUCUUAGUAACCAGUGCCAGAUCGAAAUUAGUAAACAUCUACACAUCUCAAGAGACAUCAGACUUAGAUGGAUUAUAACAGCAUUGAAAAAUCUAUCAGAUGUUUUGUAUCAAGAUCAGAUGUCAAUGUUAUAACCAAGAGAAUGGUGAGGACUGAAUUCAUGAAACAGCAAGGUUUACUAUUUAUGAGCUCAUCACUUGAAAAAAACAUAGAUAGAGUGCUACAUAAUAUAAUCCAAGAACUUACUAAUUUAUUGAAACAAGGACAGCCACUGGAGUCGUUAAGACUAAUUGAAGCUACAAAUACCAAAGUUGAGCCCAGUAAUAUUCCUCUUAAGACUCAUGAGAAAUGUAAAGUCAACUUAAAUGCAUCAAAUAUUAAAAAUGCAUCCAAGACCAAACUUGUAAAUUCAUAUUCCACCCAGAAAAAUGAAAUUCAUAUAGAAGACGACAGAUCCAAAUCAAAUUUGGACCAAUUAAACUGCCUCAAAAAGAAAACCAAAAGUUCUGAGCAUCUUGAGGAGGUUCGAAGACGUAACCAUAACCAUUGUUUUCGAGACUUGUUUAGUGACAAACAUUAUUCAAAUUCUUUAACUGCAAAGAGUGUGAAAAAGAAUAGAUUAACAGUACCUAAAUAUUUCUCAGCAGAUGAGGUCAGAUUAUCAAUCCUGAACUCCGAUGAUAGUCAACAGAGCUGUGACUCAAUCUGUUCUGAACAAUUUUUACCUGACAGAGCAGAAGUGUUUUCCUCAUGGGAGGAGGAAGUAGCCCUGCUGGAUUCUAAUAACACUCAUACAAGUGACUGUGAUUGUGAUCAAGAAGAAUCUAAAGGAAAUAUCUGUGUUAAAGUAGUGAACUCCAAUGUACUUGCAAAUGACAGUGAAUCUCAAGUAAAUGAUGAUGACUGUGUUAAAGUAGUGAACUCCAAUGUACUUGCAAAUGACAGUGAAUCUCAAGUAAAUGAUGAUGACUGUGUUAAAGUAGUGAAUUCCUAUGUAAUUGUAAAUGACAGUGAUUGCGAUCAAGAAGACUCCAAAGUAAAUGAUGAUGACUGUGUUGAAAUAGUGAAUUGUAAUGUUCUUUUAAAGGAUUGUUAUCGUUUGGACUCAAAAGUAAGAGAAGUGGAAAAUAUGUCUCCUGUUACUUCCAAAAAGAAUGAAGUUAUUGUCAUUGACUCAAGCCCAGACAUCGACACAACAAAAAUGAAGAAGACAAAAAUAGAUGGCAGCAGAAAUUGGCUGAGUGUUUUUUCAAAAGAUGAUGUGAAAUCUUUGAUCUCUACUAAUUUGUUUCAGGAUAGUGCUUAUAAACUUCCCAUCAUAUCCAUUGAGAAGCUUGAAAAUGGUUCUAGCCAAAUCAAACAGAGACACUCUUUUACUGUUUUGAAAACUGGCUGUGAAAAGACCAAAACGGUUGAGGCUGAUUCUUGUACCAGCCCUGAAAAGAAAAGGCGGAAAACUUCCAAAUAUCACACUGAGAAAAAAUAUUCAAAAUCGUUGUUGGUUUCUGAUCAUAGUUUAAUUUCAUUUCAAACAGACUCAUUGAAAAGUUCUCAGAGAAUCAAAGGAAAUAUCUUACAAGAAGGCUUACCCAUGGACCAAGAAAGUAAGUCUAAAGGACAAAGUCAGUAUGUUGGAGUAUUGGUUGUAGGGCAGGAUGCUUCCAAUGUAGAAAAUAUAAUUGAUAUCACAAAAUAAAAGAAUUCUUUUCACCUCACUUUCUUGUGCAAUGAAAAACAAAAUUUCAAACUUCUUCAUGUGUGAGUGGGGGGUUAGGCAGAUGGCCUAUUGUAUUUCUCCACGGACAGAUUGCAUAGCCUCUACUUAUAAAUUUCUGUUUGUGAAAUGUUUACUUUUUGUUUAAUUACUUUGAGCACAGAAUCUUUCAGUUUUGACCAAAUGGGUACGAGCUGUUUUAUUUUUUGUUCAAAUCAAUAUUCUCCCCCCAUCCAAGAUAAGGGAUGUUGAUCUCUGUGGAUAUUUGACUGAGGGAAAUGGUGUCUGGCCUCCAGCAUGACCAUAAGUAAAGUCAUCUGCUGAUUCAUUGAGUAUAAGGUUUGAAAAGCUGUGAAUGGAUGAAAGAAAAAUCUGCUUUUAAAGUUUUAAAAAUAAUUAUGCUCUUUCUUUAAUUUAUAGGAAUCCUUGUUUAAUACUGUACAGCUUAUGAUGUUGAUUUACUGUUGCAAUGCAGGUAUUAUUGCAGCUUAGGAGCCAGUUAUAUUUAUUGACAUUAAGUUUAAAAACAAGUGAACCUAAUGUCAUAAGUGGUUUUUACAUUUUGUGUUCUGUAGGGGUGACAAGCCAUCAUCAUCUACUGUUGAAGUCAAGUUUAAUGUUUUCUACAAAUCUUUCGGUAUUUGUGUAUUGUCGUUGAUGUCCAUAUGUUCACUUGUGCUUUAUUUUUGUCAUUGUGUGAAUUAUUAGUUGAUUAUUGAAAUUAAAAAUAAAAUUAAAGAAAUUAAAAAUAAAAUUAAACAU